CGCUCCCGCACCGCUCCCGCACCGCAUCGCACCGCUCGGCCGGACCCGGACCCCGCUCCGCGCCCCCUUCUCUCUCCGCAGCCCUGACAGUGUCUCCCACGCCGCAACAGCUCUCAAAUCUACUUUGGGGUCUUAAAACGAAACCGUACACCAUUUCACUGUGGACAUUACACCCUCUUACAGAUAUGGGAGACAUGGGAGACCCACCAAAAAAAAAACGCCUGAUUUCCCUAUGUGUUGGUUGCGGCAAUCAAAUUCACGAUCAGUAUAUUCUGAGGGUUUCUCCGGAUUUGGAAUGGCAUGCGGCGUGUUUGAAGUGUGCAGAGUGUAAUCAGUAUUUGGACGAGACCUGUACGUGCUUUGUUAGGGAUGGCAAAACCUACUGUAAGAGAGAUUAUAUCAGGUUAUACGGCAUCAAGUGCGCCAAGUGCAGCAUCGGCUUCAGCAAGAACGACUUCGUGAUGCGCGCCCGCGCCAAGGUGUACCACAUCGAGUGUUUCCGCUGCGUCGCCUGCAGCCGGCAGCUCAUCCCCGGCGACGAGUUCGCUCUGCGGGAGGACGGCCUCUUCUGCCGGGCGGACCACGACGUGGUGGAGCGGGCCAGCCUGGGCGCCGGGGACCCGCUCAGCCCCUUGCACCCCGCCCGGCCGCUGCAGAUGGCAGCAGAACCUAUCUCUGCCAGACAGCCAGCUCUGCGACCCCACGUCCACAAACAGCCCGAGAAGACCACCCGAGUCCGGACUGUCCUAAAUGAAAAACAGCUUCACACCUUGAGGACCUGCUACGCUGCCAACCCCAGACCUGACGCCCUCAUGAAAGAGCAACUGGUAGAAAUGACUGGCCUCAGCCCGAGGGUCAUCAGGGUUUGGUUUCAAAACAAGCGAUGCAAGGACAAAAAAAGGAGCAUUAUGAUGAAACAACUUCAGCAACAGCAACCCAAUGAUAAAACUAAUAUCCAGGGGAUGACAGGAACUCCGAUGGUGGCUGCUAGUCCGGAGAGACACGACGGUGGUUUACAGGCGAACCCGGUGGAGGUGCAGAGUUACCAACCGCCCUGGAAAGUACUGAGUGACUUCGCAUUGCAGAGUGACAUAGAUCAACCUGCUUUUCAGCAACUAGUUAAUUUUUCAGAAGGAGGACCUGGUUCCAAUUCUACUGGAAGUGAAGUAGCAUCAAUGUCCUCUCAGCUGCCAGAUACACCCAACAGCAUGGUAGCCAGUCCUAUUGAGGCAUGAGGAACAUUAAUUCAGAUUUCUGUUGUUGUUGUUUCUGCCCUUACCCUCACCCCUGUUGGAGAGAGUGGGAAAGUGAUCGCGUUGGGACUCCGAAAUUUAGGGGGAUAAAGUAUUUAACAACCCUGUAAUGAACCUAGCAAGAAACCACUCCAUGAAAUGAACGGAGUCAUGUUUGAAAAGACAAGGUAAUAUGGUAGCAACACUGUGAAGACAAUCAUGGGAUCUUACUAGAAUAAAUACUAAAAAAGAAAACCAAACCCCGCGCUAUUCAAUGAUCAGAGGAGGACCGAAAAGACUUUUUCAAAACAUAAAGGAUUUGUAC